AUGGGGCUCCAGCUCUCCGUGGCCCCAGCGCCAGGCGUCACGUGCACGCCCGAGAUGCAGCGCGUCAUCGACGCGCUCGGCCUCCCGGCGACGACGACGAGCGCCCCGCCGCGGCGCGACCCGCCCGCGCUCUCCCUGCCGCCCCCGGGCCCGCUGCUCCCCGACCCGGUCCUGCCCCCGACCGGCGCCAUGGGCUUCCCCGUCAGCCUGCCGCAGCCCAGCGCGCUCGCGAUGACCGCCUCGCCGGUGGCGCGCCCGGUCGCGGACGCGUACCGCCCCAACGGAGAGAGCGAGGACCGCGGCGACGCCGACCGCACCGAGGAAGUUCGGGCGGUGAAGCGCACGCGGCUGGUGUGGACGCCGGAGCUGCACAACCGGUUCGUGGCGGCGGUCAACCAGCUGGGCAUCGACAACGCGGUGCCCAAGGCCAUCCUACAGGUCAUGAACGUCGACGGCUUGACGCGCGAGAACGUCGCGUCGCACCUGCAGAAGUACCGCCUGACACUCAAGCGCGACGUCGACCGCACCAGCGGACGCAACGGCCGCAGCCCUGCCCCCGCGGGGUCCAGCCAGUCCUCCGAGCCCAGCUCGUCCCAGGGAGGCGGCCGCGGCCGUAAGCGCGCGCGCAAGCCCAGCUACGGGCGCGAGGCGGAGGCGCCCCCGGCCGCUCGCUUCGCCGACUACGCACCGCUGCUGGCGGCGUUGCAGGGGACGCACGCCGAGACAUAA